GGGUGGGUGAACCCCUACAGGGGUUGGGGUCAGGUGUCAUAGAUUGAGGACCCUAGGGUUUGGGGGCAUGUGGAAUUCAGGAGCCACUUGAGAGUCUGGGUGUCAAGACGUGGGAUGUCUCGUUGAAAGGAAGAGGCAGCUGAGAGGGUGGUCGGACAAGUAUUUUUCAUACUCCACUUUUGUCAGUGUUUGUUAAGUAAACGAGCAGCGGACGGUGGAGUUGGAAGCCUUGCUCCGAGCGUGGGAGGAGGGGGGUUGGGGAGGCCUCAGGGGAACUUGUUCGUGUCUGCCCUUUGCUGCUCCCCCAGGUUUGCAGAUGAAGAGCCCAGAAAAGAAGCGAAGGAAGUCUAACACUCAGGGUCCUGCCUACUCGCAUCUGACGGAGUUCGCGCCGCCCCCGACUCCCAUGGUGGAUCACCUGGUUGCAUCCAACCCAUUCGAGGAUGACUUCGGAGCCCCUAAGGUGGGGGGCACUGCUCCUCCCUUCCUUGGCGGUCCUGUCCCCUUUGGAGGCUUCCGUGUCCAGGGGGGCAUGGCAGGCCAGGUGCCCCCAGGCUACGGCACUGGGGGUGGAGGGGGUCCCCAGCCUCUCCGGCGACAGCCACCCCCUUUCCCUCCCAGCCCUAUGGGCCCUGCUUUCAACAUGCCCCCUCAGGGCCCGGCCUACCCAGCCCCCGGCAGCAUGAGCUUCCCCAGCCAGCCCUUCAGCCAGCCCCUGGGCCAGAGCUUCAGCCCUCCUGGUGGACAGAUGAUGCCAGGCCCGGUGGGGGGGUUUGGCCCCAUGAUCUCGCCCACCAUGGGACAGCCUUCUCGAGGGGAGCUGGGCGCCCCCACUCUCCCCCAGCGCUUCGCCCAGCCAGGGGCGCCUUUUGGCCCUUCUCCUCUCCAGAGACCCGGUCAGGGGCUCCCCAGCCUGCCCCCCAACACCAGUCCCUUCCCCGGCCCGGACCCCGGCUUUCCGGGCCCUGGUGCGGAGGAUGGGGGGAAGCCCCCGAACCCGCCUGCUCCCACUGCUUUCCCGCAGGAGCCUCCCUCGGGCCCCCCGGCCGCCACUGUUAAUGGGAACCAGCCCAGCUUCCCCCCAAACAGCAGCGGGCGGGGGGGCGGCACGCCGGAUGCCAACAGCCUGGCACCCCCCGGUAAGGCAGGUGGGGGCGCGGGGCCCCAGCCCCCUCCCGGCCUGGUGUACCCGUGCGGCGCCUGCCGGAGCGAGGUCAACGACGACCAGGACGCCAUCCUGUGCGAGGCCUCGUGCCAGAAGUGGUUUCACCGCGAGUGCACGGGCAUGACCGAGAGCGCCUACGGGCUGCUGACCACCGAGGCCUCCGCCGUCUGGGCCUGCGACCUCUGCCUCAAGACCAAGGACAUCCAGUCUGUCUACGUCCGCGAGGGCAUGGGGCAGCUGGUGGCUGCCAACGACGGGUGAUGCUGGCAAAGCGGCCCAGGGAAGCGAAGUCCCGUCCUGCUCUUCCAGGGUGAUUGUGUCCCUGUCUGGCUCUGGGUCCUUGCUGCCACUGGCUUCCCAUCCCCCUGGGGGCAGAAACGCAGUGGCUCCUGGGGGCAGAAGAGGAACUCAGGUGGGCGGGCGGAGGAGCCUGGAUCGCUCACUUUUCCGGAGACUUUCGCGUUGAGAUCUACGGAGAUCUGGGAAACCAAAGCCCCGCCGAGCGGAGCCAUGUUUCGGUGGCUGUCUCUGGAGGCCUAAGGACAUGGCUGCGAGAGAAGAGAGGCCGGGGGAACAUCUGGAGGGCAGGAGGGUCCCCUCUGCGGAUGAUGGGCGGUCCCAACACCCGUGCCUAACACUCCUGUCCAGCCCCACAGCUCCAGCCUUAGUUUUUGGAGUUUAAGAGUUAACAGGUUUCUGGCCUGAGGAGUUGGGGGUCCCUUCCCAUCGCUGCAGUAGCCCUCCCGUGAGCUCUGGGAGACAGCUUUAGGGGGUCACGGGGGAAUCUUCCUUUUUCCCACCCUCCCCUUGCCUCCUCUGAUACUGGCUGGACUCCUCCCCCUCAGAACCAAAUAGCUUAACGAAGCAAGAGAGUUCUCGGCCACGGCCCUUCUUGGUGAUUUGGGGCUUCGACAGUGGGUAAGAGACACGGUCGGGACAUACCUCCCUCAUACCAAAGUCACUGGUCCUUUCUCAGCCUCUCUUGUGCUUUUCUCCUAAUGACCAUUUUGCCAAAAAUUGGGAUAUGUGGUCUGACAGACCAGAACAUGUGAAGUUAAGUUUGGACAGCCCCGGGAGCCUGGACUCGGUGCCCCCCGCCCCCACCCGUCAGCGAUGGGCUUCAGCUUCUUGGGCCUUCACUCCCUGGCUUGAUCGAAGGCAAGCUUGAGAAGGGUGCAGAGCCCUCAUACCUCAUUUCUCCUGAUGCCGGGAUCCCCGUCACAGCCUGGGGUGGGGUUUGGGGGUGGCGUGAGACCCUCAUCGCCGAGGUAGAGAAGCAGUCUGGGAACUGGGUGUUCUCCCUCCUUGCGAUUCUUUCUAUCUUGGGCCUGGUGAGCGAGCAGCUCUCGUACCUGUCAGCCAGAAUCCUGCACUGGGCUUUGUUUUUAUUUGUGAAGCACUAUCUGCCAGAGAUGGGCCUGGGGCUUGACCAGGAGCCCCUCACAACUGCUAUUCUGCACAGCACAGUGUGUGCGCACAUUCCUCGGGGUGGGGAAGGCGGGCCGGGCAUGGCCCCAGGGGAGUUGGUGGUCCCCUGGAUCCCAGCACACGCAGGCACGUGAAUACCCGGUCAGCAGCCUUGGAGGCUGAAGAAUAAAGGAGCGGCUCUGGGCUCUCUUCCAGUGCCCCCUCCCACUCUAAGACAGCAGAGAGGGCAGCCCCCCGCCGCUCAACUGCAGUUGUGUUUGUGGUUCUGUUUGCCCCUCUUAUCUGUUGCUAUUUUUGUGCCGUCUUCCCCCCUUCUGCAUUUUGUAAAGUGGUUCUUGGGGGACACGUCUGCUCAGUCCCUCACUCCACUACUUUUUGGAAGAAAGUAGGGGCGGCAGAGAUGCAGUGGUGGGGGUCUUUUGUACCGUUGGGUUAAUAAAAUGACUUGAAAAUCCA